AUGGCAUCUCUAGCUCUUGGAUCACUUUGUAAGUUAACUUCAUACCGACGUACUGGAGUCGUUGGAUCGUCGUCUUCAUUGCCCAAAGGAGGACAAAGUUUAAAAUUUCCCCAGGUAUCAAAAUUCAAUAACAAUGGUUCCAUGACAUUGCAACAAAGAAAUCGUACUAUUCUCAACGAACCGUUCACUCUACACGAAAAUAAUACAAUGAAGUUUAAGCUGAAUGUAUCAUCUACCAGCAACUUUGAGUUUGACGCAACUCGUGAUUUAUCAAGUCCCGUGGAAUCCGCAAUCAAAUUUGUAAAUGCUUUGUAUAGGUUCAUAAGACCGUAUGCAGCAGUUGGAACGGUGUUAAGUGUGGCUGCAAUGUCUCUUCUGACUGUUCAGAAGCUUUCGGAUUUCUCCCCAUUAUUCUUCACGAAGAUGUUGCAGGCUCUAGUUGGAGGCAUGUUUAUGCAAAUGUAUGUCUGCGGUUUUAAUCAGAUUUGCGAUAUAGAACUCGACAAGGUUAACAAGCCAACUCUCCCAUUAGCCGCGGGAGAAAUAUCUAUGAAUACCGCUAUAAGCGUCUCAUCAGUUUCAGCUAUCAUGAGCUUAGCGGUUGGAUGGAUGGUAUCUCCUCCAUUGUUUUGGGCUUUCGUCGGAUGGUUUGUGGUCGGAACUGCAUAUUCAGCCAAUGUGCUUCCGUACUUGCGAUGGAAGAGGUUUCCUUUCACCGCGGCUUUCUACAUGCUAAUGGCUCGGGCACUAGUUGUUCCGAUUGGAUAUUACUUACAUAUGCAGAGUUUUCUUCAUGGAGUAUCCACAUUACUUUCAAGGCCGAUACUAUUCGCAGUCGCAAUGCUGAGUGCCUUCUCAGUAUCAACCAUAUUCUUCAAGGACAUUCCCGAUAUUGAGGGAGACCGAAUGCAUGGAAUUAAGUCUCUUGCUAUCAAAUUGGGUGAAAAACGGAUGUACUGGAUUUGUAUUUGGAUUCUUGAAAUCGCUUAUCUUGGUGCUGCUUGUGUUGGAGCAACUUCACCCAUUCCUUGGAGCAAAUACGUAACGAUUGGUAGUCAUUUGGCGAUGGCAUUAUUACUUUGGGUACGUGCCAAGUCAGUAGAUUUGAAGAACAUGGAAGCUGUUCAAUCGAUGUAUAUGUUCCUUUGGCAGCUCUUCUAUGCUGAAUAUGGUCUAAUUGCACUCGUACGCUAA